CAACGCGGUUUCCAUCUUUUCUUCUAUCCUUCAUCCUGCGUUCAUCCUACUCCAAGUAGCAGAAGCACUUAUUUGCCCAAAACAGUACUGUAAGUUUUGUUGUGAGAGUUUCACCAUCACUUGUCACUGUGUUUAGUUAUUAUUCCUAAGUCUCUUGUUCAGAUCACAGGUGUACUCUUCAACACGAAGAGCAAACUUUCCUCCUACUCGCUCCAGGCAGCAGAAGCACUUAUUUGCCCAAAAUAGGUGUUGUGAGUUUUGUUGUGAGACUUGGGUUCAAUUACAUAAGCAGCAUUACCAUCACUUGUCAUUGUGUUUACUUGUUAUUCCUCAGUCUCUUGUUCAGAUCUCGCAGGUUUAUUCUUCAGUUCGAGGAGCCAACAUUCCUCCUACUCACUCCAAGAAGCAGAAGCACUUAUUUGCCCUAAAUAUUGUGUUGUAAGUUUUGUUGUGGCUAGACUUGGCUCCAAUUACAUCAGCAAUACCACCAUCACUUGUUCUCUUGGUCAUUCUCUUGUUCAGAUUUCUCACAGCUGUAUUCUUCAAUUAUAGCUAUGGUUUCACUUCAGAUUUGCAAUUAAGCAAAUUUAGCUUUAUUAUUCAGUUGUAGUUUAUAACACUAUCUCUCAGAAUUUCUUUCGUUUUGUUGAUGGAGUUUUUGGAAUUGUAUAAAUCAAUUAUGGAACUUUUUCUUUCCUACAGGAUAAUUUAGAAUUCAGGACUCAUAUCUCAGACUUUGGGUCUCUAGUACUGCUGCAAUGGCUUUUCCUUCUUCUUCUUCUUCUUCUUCUCAAGGGAGUUAUGAUGUGUUCUUGAGCUUUAGAGGAGAAGACACCCGCAAUAACUUCACUGCCCAUCUCUAUCAGGAGUUGCGCACUAAAGGAAUCAACACUUUCAUAGAUGAUGACAAGCUUGAGAGAGGCCGGCUCAUAUCUCCUGCCCUUGUUACAGCUAUUGAGAACUCCAUGUUUUCCAUCAUUGUUUUAUCAGAAAAUUAUGCAUCUUCUAAAUGGUGUCUGGAGGAGCUUGCAAAGAUACUAGAGUGCAUGAAAACCAGGGGACAGAGGGUUCUCCCAAUUUUCUAUAAUGUGGAUCCCUCAGAUGUGAAAAAACAGAGGGGAAAAUUUGGAGCAGCCUUAGCUGAACAUGAGAAGAAUUUGACGGAGAAUAUGGAGAGGGUGCAGAUUUGGAAGGAUGCUCUCACUCAAGUUGCAAAUUUAUCUGGUUGGGAAUCAAGGAAUAAGAAUGAGCUUCUACUAAUCAAGGAAAUCGUUAAGCAUGUUUUCAAUAAAUUGAUAAAUAUAUGUAGUGGUGAUACUGAGAAACUGGUUGGAAUAGAUGCUCGCAUACAAGAAAUAAAAAUGCGAUUACGUUUGGAAUCGGAUGAUGUUGGUAUGAUAGGAAUUUGGGGCAUGGGCGGAAUAGGGAAAACAACCCUUGCUAGAGCUCUUUACAACGAAAUCUCAAGACAAUUUGAAGCACACUCUUUUUUGGAAGAUGUUGGAAAGGUUUUGGUUAAUAAGGGUUUAAUCAAAUUACAACAAAUAUUUCUUUAUGAUCUAUUGGAGGAAAAAGAUCUAAAUACAAAGGGAUUCACAUUUAUAAAGGCUAGACUCCAUUCAAAAAAGGCCCUUGUUGUUCUCGACAAUGUGAAUGAUCCAAAAAUAUUGGAAUGCUUAGUUGGAAAUUGGGAUUGGUUUGGUCGAGGAAGUAGAAUUAUUAUAACGGCUAGAGAUAAACAUUUGUUAAUUGCACAUGGUGUCCUUUGUUAUCAGGUUCCAACAUUUAAUUAUGAUGAAGCUUAUGGGUUCAUUAAACGUCAUUCGUUAAAACAUGAGCUUCUUAUUGGUGAUUUCUUGGAGCUUUCUAAAGAAAUGAUAGAUUAUGCUAAAGGCCUUCCGCUGGCUCUUAAAGUUUUAUGUUCUUCUUUAUUUGGCAUGAGCAAAAAAGAACGGAGAAAUCAGUUGGACAAAUUGAAAAGUACUCUUCAUAAGAAAAUUGAGGAAGUACUUAGAAUCAGUUAUGAUGGGUUAGAUGAUAAAGAGAAGAAUAUAUUUUUGGAUAUUGCAUGUUUCUUUAAAGGAGAAGACAAAGAUUAUGUAAUUGAAAUAUUGGAUGGUUGCGGCUUUUUCUCAUCAUGUGGAAUAAGAACUCUCGUUAAUAAAUCUUUGAUAAGUAUUUAUGGGAAUAAGCUUGAGAUGCAUGACUUAAUACAAGAAAUGGGUAUAGAAAUUGUUCGCCAACAAUUUGUUCAAGAGCUCGGCAAACGUAGCAGAUUAUGGUUCCAUGAAGAUAUCAUUGAUGUACUAAAAAAAAAUACGGGAAGUGAAAAAAUUGAAGGCUUAUUCCUCAGUUCGUUUCAUUUACAAGAGACAAUAGACUUUACCACACAAACCUUUGCAAGGAUGAGUAAACUUAGAUUGCUCAAAGUCUAUCAAUCUGACAAAAUUUUCAGAAACUUUGAAGAUACCUUUAAGAAGGAGAAUUGUAAAGUUCGUUUCUCUUCGAAUUUUAAAUUUUGUUUUGAUGAAUUGAGGUACUUUGAUUUGUAUGGAUACUCCUUGAAAUCAUUGCCUAAUGAUUUCAAUGCAAAGAAUCUUGUUCAUCUUAGCAUGCCUUGUAGCCACAUUAAACAACUUUGGAAAGGAAUCAAGGUUCUUGAAAAGUUGAAAUGCAUGGAUCUUAGUCACUCUAAGUACUUAAUAGAAACCCCAAAUCUCUCAAGAGUCACCAACCUGGAACGGUUAGUUUUAGAAGAUUGUGUGUCUCUAUGUAAGGUUCACCCAUCACUUAGAGAUUUGAAGAAUCUCAAUUUUUUGAGUUUUAAAAACUGCAAAAUGCUCAAGAGUCUUCCAAGCGGCCCUUAUGACUUGAAAUCCCUUGCCACAUUGAUUCUUUCUGGCUGCUCAAAAUUUGAACAAUUUCCGGAGAACUUUGGGUACUUAGAAAUGUUAAAGAAACUUUAUGCAGAUGGAACUGCACUAAGAGAACUACCCUCCUCUUUGUCUUCGUUGAGAAACCUUGAGAUAUUAUCUUUUGUGGGAUGUAAGGGACCACCAUCUGCCUCAUGGUUGUUUCCAAGAAGAAGUUCCAAUUCCACUGGUUUCAUAUUGCAUAAUUUGUCAGGCUUAUGCUCUUUAAGAAAGCUAGACCUAAGUGACUGCAAUUUGUCAGAUGAAACAAACCUUAGUUGUCUUGUUUACUUAUCUUCGUUGAAAGAUUUAUAUUUAUGUGAGAACAACUUUGUUACGUUGCCAAACCUCAGUCGACUUUCACGCUUGGAACGUUUUCGGUUGGCAAAUUGCACAAGACUUCAAGAACUGCCAGAUCUCCCAUCAAGCAUUGUUCAAGUGGAUGCAAGAAAUUGCACGUCAUUGAAAAAUGUCUCGCUUCGAAAUGUCCAGUCAUUCCUUCUAAAGAAUCGCGUAAUCUGGGAUCUAAACUUCGUUUUGGCAUUAGAAAUAUUGACUCCUGGGAGUAGACUACCAGAUUGGAUAAGGUAUCAGAGCUCAGGGAAGGAAGUAAUAGCAGAGCUAUCUCCAAAUUGGUUUAAUUCCAACUUCCUGGGUUUUGGGUUUGCAAACGUCGUUCCCAAGUUUAGUAACCUUGGUUUGUCACGCUUUGUAUACUGUUACUUGUCCCUUUCAAGAUCCAGUGACUUUACUCACGGCUUCCGAGUCGUUCCUUAUCCGCAUUUUUUGUGUUUAAAUCGUCAGAUGCUAACUUUGGAUCACGUAUACCUGCUUUAUGUACCACUUUCUUCCUUCAGCGAUUGGUGUCCAUGGGGUCACAUCAUCAAUUGGCAUCAAGUGACUCAUAUCAAGGCAUCGUUCCAGCCACGUUCUGACCAAUUUGGUGAAGUUAAGCGGUAUGGAAUUGGUCUGGCGUACAGUAAUGAAGAUGUGAAUCACAACAACCCCCCAAUGAUCCAAUUCGGCUCUAUUUCCUCUGCUUCCUCUCCUCCUCCUAAUAAGUCAACAGUUGUCCUUACAGAAAUCCAUGAUGAGGAACCCAGUGGAAGUGUUGAUGGCUCGGAAUUGGAUAAUUCUGGGUACUAUACUGCUGACGAGGGGGAACCAGCUGAAACUGCUUGCUCUAAGGAUCCGUCUGAAUCAGAGAUGCAGCCACAGAAACGCUUGAAAUGCAGCCAUUUUCAGGACAUCCCUUGACGAGGAGGAACCGGCCAGGAAAAUGCGUGAUAUGCACCCAAAUCUUCCCAUAACAUCUCUUGGUGAGUUGUUCGUUAUUCAAGGAUGAAGAAUUUUGCUGAAAAUAUUAGACGAACGAAUAAAAUAACUGAGAAGGAUUCACACUUUUGAUUUAUUUUCUGCAAUAGUAAUAUAUACAGGUGCUGGGAACAAAUUACUUUGGCAGUGCCGAUUCUGGUUUGCUGGAACUGGAAAUUAUUCUUGCAGUGCACUGAUUCUGAUUUGCUGGAAAUUAUUAUGGCA